AUGGCGCGGGUGAAGCUGUACAGGCUGAACGACCGAGGACAUUGGGACGAUAAAGGCACGGGGUUCGCGUCGUGCGAGUACAUGGAGCAAUCGGGAUCGGUUGGGUUGGUGGUGAUGUCUGAACACAGUCAAGAACCGCUUUUAGUGCACGCGAUAUCGCCUGAGGUGGGAUUUUACUCGAGACAAGAGGACGAGACCAUUAUUUCCUGGGUCGACGCCGAGCUCGAGACGGACAUAGCGCUGAGCUUUCAGGAAGGGAUGGGAUGUAACUUUAUUUGGGAACAGAUCAAAUCGGUACAGAGGGCGUACAUGCAGCAGACUGGUGGCGGCGUGAGAUACAUAGGACUGCAACGUGACGUGCAAAUAGAACUUCCCGAGCCCGAGACGAAGAAUUUGGAGCAGCUUUACAACCUCAUCUCGGGGAGCUCGCUGUUUGCUCGAGAGCGCAUCCCGAUGCAAAUUUUGAAAUCGAAAGAGUAUCUGCCCAGGCUAUUCGAGCUAUUCAGGCAGUGCGAAGACGUGGACGACAUCGAGAACUUGCAUUUGUUCUACGCCAUAUUCAGGGCGAUGGUGAUGCUGAACGAUCCGAGUCUGUACGAAACGUUACUGAGCGAAGAAUUUGUAUUCGACUUCGUGGGCGCGUUGGAGUACGACCCGGACCAAAUCGAGCGGGUUCAUCAUCGACAGUUUUUAAAGAAAAAUGUCGCCUUUAAAGAGGUGGUACCGAUCACAAAUACGAUGAUUCGCGAGAAAAUCCAUCAGACGUGCCGUUUAGGGUAUCUCAAAGAUGUCAUUCUUCCUCGUGCACUCGACGACUCGGCGUUUAGCACGCUCACGUCGAUGAUGAUGUGUAACAACGUCGAGGUGGUGCAAGAGCUCCAUCGAGAUCCAGAAUUCUUCGGGGAGUUAUUCAAAAGGUUAAAAGCGUCCAAACCCGGCGAUGAAGACUGGAACGACCUGGUAGGAUUCCUUCAAGAGUUGUGCACUCUGGCGAGGCACCUGCAAAACGCCUCGCGUUUGCAAGUAUUUUCAACUCUGCAAAACCACGGGCUGUUUGACGUGUUGACGGACAUCUUAAUUCAUGGUGGUGAAUAUUCGCAGUUAAAAGCCGCGGACGUCAUCAUGUCUAGCUUGCAAAACGAUCCAGCGGUGCUUCGAGACUUCAUGGUGCAACAAGCUAGCUCGGCGGAGCGGAACAUGCUCUCGGAAUUAGUGCGCCUGUUUCUUGUCGGGAGCGACGGAAUUCAGGCGACGUACUUGGAAAUUUUGUUGUUUUUGAUGGAUCCGGAGACGAUGGAGGGCACGUCCUCAGACAAGGAUAAACUUUUGGACAUCUUUUACGACAAGCACAUGGAUGCGGUGGUGGCACGCAUAACCCUCGGCAAAGAAGACGUCACGCCCGACGAAAAGAGCGUCCCUCCAUGGGCGCUUACGAAGAUCGUCGAUCUGCUCAUCUUCUUGGUGCAGAAUCAUCAAUAUCGAAUCAAGUAUUACAUGCUGAGGAAUCACGUGUUGCAGCACGUCCUUCAUCUCACAGAGCGCAAAGAAAAGUACGUCGUGGUGUCAGCCAUUCGUUUCUUGCGCGCGUGCGUGAGCCUGAAAGAUGAGUUCUACAACCGCUACUUCAUUAAAAUGAAUGCAUUCGAUCCUGUGAUGAAAGUCUUCAAGAUUAAUGGCGACAAGUACAACUUGUUGAACAGCUCCGUGCUCGAAUUGAUCGACUUUAUUCGUCGUGAAAACAUUCGAAACUUGAUCCAUCAUCUAGUAGAAAAGUACGAAGAGUGGUUCGAAGAGGUGUACUACGUCGAUACGUUUAGAUUGCUCAAGCUUCGAUACCAGCAAGGCCUUAGCGCAACGACGAUCGAGCUUCCCCCGGGAGCGCUCUCAGAGCAGCGCGCGAGGCGUGAUAGCUCGAUGAGCAAAGAUGAAGAAGAUUACUUCGAAUCCGAUGAUGAUCCAGAC